AGAAAUAGAAAGGGUGGCGCGUUGGACGUGUUGCUCCACAGAAGCGUUGCUCGCUCUUCAAAUCGAAGUCGGUUGGUAAUAAAAUACCAAUACGGCAAACAAAAAUUGCGAACCAUGACGCGUCGACGCCUGUCGUUUUAUCACGGAGCAGGAUUCCUUUUGGCUUCGCUGGGAGCUGCGUCCUCGUCUUCCGCACCAUCAUUGUCUGUCCAGUCAUCUUCGUCGUCUUCGUCGACGGCGCAGAAAGAAGAUGACGCGAAAAAGAAUUCGCAAGACGAGCCGCUCACGCAGGGUCCGCCGGAGACCACGCACCUCCGGCGAACCGCAGCAAGUACUGCGGACAUUGAUCAAGAAGGUACAGCGUACAGUCCGCCUCACAAGAAGAAGUUUUUCGCUGACAGUACGUUGUCUGCACAGCACGCCACGAACGCUGCUCUCGGAGCCGUCGUGUCGGAGUGGGAUCUGCGCGGCCAGACGCCGCACAUUACUAGACCACAGCAGUUUUACCCCGGGCCACUUCAGCACUGGAUUGACCAGCACGAACAGGAACAAAUCGCAUCCGCCGGGGUGGAUUUGGCCAGUGGCCAGCAGCCAGACCGAUUGCUAUCCGCUUCAGGGCGGGACAUCACGGAAAAGAACGCUAUUGCAGCUCUAGAUGUUCUUCAUGGAGGCGGAGCAGCUAAAGGAACAAAACCUGCUUUGAUCAAUCAAAAGAGCAAAGCCGAGGAAAUCUCAGCGUUUUUUCCAACUCAAGCGAGCUCCCCAUACGGGCACACGCGCAUGCUACAGUCCGGGACCUCCGCGAGCGCGCAGGCCGCCCGGGUGUGGGGUAUUUUCAAUGCGGUGGACCAACCGGACGGCUGGCGGCUGUCCGAGGUGGCCUUCUUCGAAGACGACGGAUGCAACAUGCAACUGACUCCCAUCGACCUGCGCAGCGGCCCCACGAUCAACACCAUGGCCUCGAGUUCUAGCGUGGUUUCCGUGGGCACCGCGGGAGAAGGCUCGGGUUCCGGGUCCUCGGUGCAGGUGGACUCUACCUCCUGUCUCACCCCGCAGAUGUCCACCGGGAAUCGGGCGAAGAAAGCGCUGGACGGCUUCGAGAACACCAUGUGGGUAGCCAACUGCUGCCCGUGCCCCCGGGGGAAGGCCUUCAUCGGGGCAGACUUUGGGAGCCCGGUGAUCGUGAAGUGCGUUCUGAUCACGCAAGUGCCCGGGUACCACGCCACGUCCAUCACGCUGAUGAAGGAGACCGGGCAGCUACAGGUGGGGACCAACUCGCUGUGGGUGCCGGUGAUCACCUGGGACGACAUGUACCCGAUGCUGAACCGCGUGUACAGUGGCAUCAAGCUCGACGACCUUGCGGUCACCUUCGUCAAGCAGCCAUUCGCGCAGUGUUACGGCGGAAUGUACUACAGACUCGAUGUGGUCAAUUCUGAUUUAUUGCGCGUGAUAGAAAAUUGAAUACUUUUCAUGAUUGCAUGAUCCUGGUUCAAAAUGAGCCGGUACUGUAAUCCCCGUCGAGAUGAGAAAUGAAACCAAUAAAAAACACAACCUCAAGGUACGGUCCACAGUAUGUGGGUGCUCGUGCCUUGCAAGAGGCUGAGAACGCCUGCAAAGGAGACAAAAACUGUCAAGGCGUGUAUCAGCAAGCGUGCGAGCCGCUGAUCUACUCAGUGUCCUUGAUGAAUCGGCUGGACUUGCAGGCAGUCCACCAUGCGCUGUACCCUCCAUCUGCGACGACCAUGCUGCCGGUUAUGACCACCGCGCCCCCACCGCCGCCACAAAUUCCCACCAACAUUUUGCUGCCCGGCGGCGGCUUUGUGCUCGAGGGAAGCACCACCCAGUACAACCAGUGGAACCUGACGGCGAGCAGCAAUUACCCCAUCAACCUCACCUUCCAGACUUUUCCAAAGUACGGCAUCGUCCGAAUGUGCAGCCGAGCCAUCUUGGACGCGGUGCAACACAGCACUGAAGGCUCGUGCAUCUGGAAGAAAACGGUAUAAAAAAUCUAUUUUUUUUGGUGAGUACUCAAGACAGAGUAGUUGGUUCUAUAUGGACUUGCGUGUGGUGCCAUUGCGAAAGCGAAGCUUAAGCAUGUGUGAAGGACCAACCCACGACGACCCGCAAUAAACUAAAAGUAGAUAAAGCUAGAGGAAGGGACUUCUUGAACAUCCAAGUACUAACUGCUGCAAUCUUUAAACGAUAUUCUAAACAGGGCGCUAUGAUCAACUACUUGCCGUACUCGAACUUCGAGGCGAUACGGAAUUUUCCGGGUCUCACGAUUCUGAGCUUGACCUACGUCAUGACGGCCGCGGAUUGCGCAGAACUGUGCCUGCAAACGGCCACUUGCAACGCGUUCCAGUUUCUGAUCCGUCGGGAAGCGCGAGUGCCAACUCUGAAUUGCGAAUUGUUUUCCUAUCCCAACGAUUUCAAGCCUCCAGUCGGGCUGCGGAAGACGGACGGUGUUGUUGACAUUAUCGACUUCUACCAGUACGACACCUGGAACAGCACCCUCUCGGCGGUCGCUGAGGGAGGGAUGGUGGCCACCAGCGCAGCAACCAGCACGACCACGGGCGGCAUGUCACUUCUCCUUGGAGUGGCUGCCCUCUUCGUGGCCUCCACUAUUUUGUGGUGA